CAAGUGGCGGGCCUGGUGUGCGCGGUGCAUGCCGGGAGGUAACACGGAUGCAGGGACAAGGUGCGGCGGCGCUCCUGACGUCCAAAACAGCACCACAAACUGUUGGAAUUCAGACAUAACCGCCGCCCUCUUCUGCUCUGGCUGCCUCAGCAUCGGCCUAGAUCGUCCAACGUGGCCCCCCUCGGACGGAUCUUGUGAGAAUGGAAUCCCUGGGCAGUCCCGGAGGUGCGCCAGCCUCUAGUACCACCCCCAACCCCACCACUCAGCACCAACCCAUGCACUACUCCGCCCCUCCCCACAUCCCCAGUAUGACCUCAUCAGGUCCCCACAUCACAUCCCCACCCCCUACCCUGUCCUCAGGACAACCCCCUCUGACCUCCAACCCCUCCACGAUGACCUCCCCCCAUCUUGUACAGACCCCCUCCGUCCUGACCUCCUCCCACCCGCUGCACCUGCACCCAGGGUUUGGCAUGCCGGGAGUCAACCAGGUGUCGUCAUCCAUGCAGGAGGACGUCAAGCCAGUUAUUAGUCAACUAGGGCCCACCCCCCUGCAGAACGUGUCCCCACACAUGAUGAACACACCACUGAUGGUGAACACGGGGCAGCUCACCCCCCCAGCCCAGCCGCUGCAGUCCCCCCGCCCCUCCCAGACCCCCAUGGGCCUCUCCAAACACAUCUGUCAGAUCUGUGGGGACAGAGCCUCGGGGAAGCACUAUGGAGUCUACAGCUGCGAGGGGUGCAAGGGCUUCUUUAAACGAACAGUACGUAAGGACCUGACCUAUGCCUGUCGGGACAAUAGGGACUGCGUGAUCGACAAACGUCAGCGAAACAGAUGUCAGUAUUGCCGGUACCAGAAGUGUUUAGCGAUGGGGAUGAAAAGAGAAGGAGAUACUGAUGGGAACAUAGAGCAGUUAAGAAUGGAAGACGUACAAGACCAACGGCAGGGAAGCGGGAACAGUGCCGUGCAGGAAGAGCGACAAAGAAGCAAAGAGGGAAAAGAUGGGGAGGUGGUGAGCACGACAAACCCAAAUGAAGACAUGCCUGUGGAGAAGAUACAGGAGGCUGAGAUGGCUGUGGAACCCAAGGAUGGAAAUCUUGUUGAACAACCGGCUGCGAGUCCGACACAGGAGAACGACCCUGUGACGAACAUCUGUCAGGCCGCGGACAAGCAGCUGGUCACGCUGGUAGAGUGGGCCAAGCGGAUUCCGCACUUCUCUGACCUUCCUAUAGACGAUCAGGUCAUCCUACUCAGAGCAGGUUGGAACGAGCUGCUGAUCGCUGCGUUCUCCCACCGCUCCAUCGACGUGAAGGACGGGAUCCUGCUGGCCUCCGGACUCCACGUCCACCGCAGCAGCGCCCACCAGGCCGGCGUGGGAACCAUCUUCGACAGAGUCCUCACGGAACUGGUCGCAAAAAUGAGGGACAUGAAAAUGGACAAGACAGAGCUUGGCUGCCUGAGAGCUAUUGUUCUCUUCAACCCAGAUGCCAAAGGUCUAACGGACCCGUCCUUGGUGGAGAGCCUGAGAGAAAAGGUUUAUGCCUCCCUGGAGGAGUACUGCAAGCAGCAGUACCCUGAGCAGCCUGGCAGGUUUGCCAAGCUGCUGCUUCGCUUGCCCGCCCUGCGCUCCAUUGGCCUCAAGUGCCUUGAACACCUCUUCUUCUUCAAGCUGAUCGGAGACACGCCCAUCGACACAUUCCUGAUGGAGAUGCUGGAGGCCCCGGGCCUGGGCCAGACCGCGGCGUCCCAGGGACAGGGGCCCAUGGCGCAGGCCGCGGCGCAGCACCGCGAGGCACAGCAGCAGGCACAGCAGGUCCAGCCACCCUCCUGAACCGGCGGGGAAUCCUGUAAGGAUGGGAGUGGCGAGUCGUGGUUGUAGAUAAGUAGUGAUAGGUAUGGAGUAUCCGAGAUGGUGUCCUGAAGAAAGGAGAGAUUGUACAGCAAAGGGUACUUACCUACGCCUCCUUUUUCCAGCUUUGCAAGUCAACAUAGUUGGCUAAUGUUGGGUUGUCUGAUCAGUUUAUGUACAUGUUUGACUGUUUUGAGUCAGUAGUGUAUUUUAGCUCAGCUUUUUACAAUAACUUACAAGGACUCAAAGGGGCGCUCUGUUGUGUUUGCCAUACCUUUGCCUAGCUUUAUACAGUAGACUUCCUUUGCUUACUACAACCAUUAUUAUCCACAUUCUGUAGGACUGUUGUACCUAGGAUGUAGAAAGAGAGCUGCCUUUGCAUCAAAUGCUGUGGGUAUGUGUACAUGUGUAAGGCUUUAAGAAAAAAAAUAUAUGGGGCUAGUGGUGACAACACAGUGUGUAUUGGCAGCUGUUCAUGUCAAACCUUUGUCAGAUGGAGGGGUUCAGACCACUUCAUAAAUGUAUGUACAUGUAUAACCUGACUAUGUAAAUCAGAAGUUAUAUAGUAUGGUGUAACUCUGUUAUGUGAACCAGCUGCUCUGAUGUGUACAAGCGCUGAACUAUAGUGCAGUGUGAAAGGUAUUGGUGCGGGGGUUGGCUUGUUACAUGUACAUGUAUGUGUAGCAUUGUCCUGUUCCUUUCCAGUUUUAAAUGUAACAGUGGGAAGUCCAGAUAAGUUUCAGUUCAGCUCUGUGCAAUCCUGGUUCCAAAUUAAAAGAAUUGUUGUGCCAGGCAACAAAAUUCUCUAUUUUCAAACACUACUUUGCUUAUUUCUCCAAAACGUUAAGAAGAAAUUGGACUGAGUGUGAAAAGAUGCACUCACUGCCAUGCCAGUUCCAGUGGAUGUAACAGUGUACUGAAAAUGCAUUUAAGUUUGCAGGGAUUUGAUUUUUGUGGUAGCUGGAAAAUAGAGUGUUUACAUGGUAUUGAGAUGGCAGUAUCACCAUAUACUGUAGCCACAUACUGUAAAGGAAAGUUUUGAGUUUGCAUUGGCCACCCCAAAAAUGUGAACAUAAAACCACCUCAAACAUUUCUUUAUUUACAGCAUGAAAAUAGGUGCCAGCAAACCUGGGCCAUUUCUCUUCAGUUGCUUGGUGCAAAAUUGACUUGGAAUUAGGAAUUGCACCAUGUCCCAGUUAAAAAUGUAAUGAAAAUUUGUUUCCCUAUAUGUAUCAUGUAAAAUUCAGUGUAUAAGGGUAGGGUUGGGGGGUGACAAGUACUGAGAUACAGGGAUAACUGUGUACAUGACUGUGACUACACUGAGGAAGGGUUAGGGCUAAGUGAGAAUGAAACUUAUUAGAGACAAGUGCUGGUUUCAAGUCAUUGGGUUAGUGAUUUGGACACUUUCUCACGAAAAAAAUGUCUCCUUAUCUUUGUGUUGGAAGAAGCUACAUUUGUAAUGAUGAGCUAAGUGCUGAUGUAUAUACACCAGAGGCUAGAGGUACAUGUAAUUUAGAGUCAUUGUAACCUAGAGUUGCCUAUUGUUGUAGUUUGACAAUCAGUUGCUGUAGUUUUGUAGCCCAGUUUGUGGAUGGUUAUGAGUACCAUAUACAUGUAGGUGGUGGUAGCUUACUUUCAGAUUCCUUGUGUAGUCACAGUUUAAUUUUUUUCUGUACUUAGAGAAGUGAAUAACAGAGUUCACUGUAUGAUGUAUGCCUUGAAAAUUGUCCACUUGUCAAUAUCAAUGUAAAUAUUCUAAUCUAGAUUUCUGGAAUUUUCUUUCUUGGUAGGGGCAAAGGAGCCUCUACCUUUUCUUCUAUUGAAAUCAACUGUAAAAUAAACUAAUGAUAACAAUGAUUUCGGUGCUUUGAUAUUAUGCUCACAAGUAAGGCAUAUGUAGUCAUAUCUAAUGGUAGAUGCUAUGAUUACAAGUACUCUUGUGGUGUGGUUCACAUGAUUUUGAUGGCUUACGGCUUGCUAACUGUGGAGUGACUUGGGGGAAGAUGUUUUAAGUGUCAGUUGGGUACAUGUUGUGUACUCUUUUUUAACAUGUCCUUAAUGUGGCAUUCACACAUUAUUGUCCACUGAAAGCAUUAUUUUGUAUUUUCAAUGCUUUUCAAGUGUUACUGUAACACACUUUUCACUGUAAGUCUUUUAUUUGAUCUUUGAAAAAGAGUAUAAAGAAAUAAGGAGCUAUAAAUGAAAGAAAUGUGAACAUUACAUAUUAGUGUAUCUACCAUGCUGUUUACAUGUUUAAGUUUUAUAUGCUGCCCAAACUACUUCUACAUGUACAUGUAUGUUCAUCGUAAGUAAGUGAUCAUUUACAAGAACUAUUUCUUUUGGGGCAACAUUUGAACAGAAAGAUCAUACCAAGGAAUACUGGUAGUUCAUAUUUCAUGGUAUCAUGUAUUGCCCUUCUUCGUACACCAGGUUUUCACAGAACUGUGUUUAUAAACUGAUUACUAGCUUCACAACCGUUGACAUUUUUGAGAGAACUACUAAACAAAGAUCCAUGAUUGGUCCAUGUAGAUAAUUGUUAGUGCUGUAUGCUGUUAGUAGCAGUGGUGAAAAUCUAUUGUGUAAAACAAGCCAGUAGACCUUAUCUGGAAGACAGAGUCCCUACCGACAGAACACACUAUUUUGUCAGGAAACGGAGGUGUAUGUAUGAGCAAUAAAGUAUACUGCAUCUCUGCUUACAGA